UGGAGCACUUUUGCUAUACAAGCUGUAUGCGCAUCGAUCGAGUCUUUUUCUCAUGAAACCACACUCUCUUUCUCUCUUUCUCUCUCCCUCUCAGCCUCCUCUCUCUUUCCUACAUAAAUUAACACUGCUGUGUUUUCAUCCAAAGUGGAAGCGGUUAAACUAAGUUUAAAGGCACAGCGGUGGAACUCUCAUAUAUAGCUGUCAACUCCACUCUAUGACAUGUUUCUUUCCCCCCAUGACGAUGCCUCCAUUCACCUUCUGCUUCCCUUGAUUUUUAGAUUACAAGUGAACAAGAAUUAGUGCCACAUUAAGGGAAGAGAAGAAAUGGACACGAGAAGGAGGGUGAGAUUAGAGCCUAAGAAAGCUCAGACAGGAGCACAUGAUGAUGAUCAUCAUCAUAGAGUUGGUCCUAACCUCUUGAAUGAAAAGGCAGAGAUGCGGGAAAGUUUGGCACAAGGAAAAGGCAGAGCAAGCAGCAAGGAGAGAAAAUUGGCCUUGCAACAAGACGUGGAGAGGUUGAAGAAGAAGCUUAGGGACGAAGAGAACAUCCACAGGGCAUUGCAGAGAGCUUUCAACAGACCCUUGGGUGCUCUCCCUCGUCUUCCUCCCUAUCUCCCUCCCAAUACCCUGGGACUUCUUGCGGAGGUGGCGGUGCUGGAGGAAGAAAUUGCAAGGCUUGAAGAGAAGGUGAUGCAUUUCAGGCAGGACUUGUAUCAAGAAGCUGUAUAUACAUCAUCCUCCAAGAUGAAAAUGGAUCAUUCAUCUCGUUUAGUUAAAUUGAAGUCUCCUUCCCCAACAAUUACACUUCCCGAGGAUAGGCAAGGAAAAGAGAACCAGUCAUGUAGUAAUUCUCACAAGAACACCAAGCAGUUCAAUUCUAAAACUAAAACAACAAAAACUCCUAUUAAUACACUUCCCCUCCACAACAAACCAUGGCAUCGUCCAAAGAGACAGACUGUGCAGCAAGAACUAAGAGUGAAUGACCAGCCAAUGGCAGAACCAACAGAUCAUGAAGAAAGUCCAAACAUAAUCUCUGAAAAUAUUCUCAAGUGCUUAUCAAGCAUUCUUUUGAGAAUGAGUACUGUCAAGUAUCCGGAUUCUACAGCUGGCAUGUUGCGAGAUCCGAAAUCUCGAAACUGUACUAAAGAAACAUGGUUUCAGGAUCCAUAUGGUACAUGUUUAGAAUUUGGAGAGAUGGAUAUUGGUCCGUACAAGCAAUUCCGUGCAAUUGAAGCUGAAUCCUUCAGUCCAAAACGAACUGCUAAUUCUUUGUUUCUGCAGCAUCGAUUGAAGCUUCUUUUGAGGAAACUUUCCUCUGUCAACUUAGAGAAUCUCAAUCAUCAGGAGAAGCUUGCAUUCUGGAUCAACAUAUAUAACUCUUGUAUGAUGAAUGCAUUCAAUGAGCACGGCUUACCGGAGAGUCCCGAAACAGUUGUUGCAUUGAUGCACAAGACAACAAUAAAUGUGGGUGGACACUUGCUAAGCGCAACAACGAUAGAGCAUUGCAUUCUAAGGCUUCCUUAUCAUUGGAAAUUGACAUCAAAGGGAGCGAAGAAUCAUGAAAUGACAGUAAGAAGCAUAUAUGGAUUGGAAUUAUCAGAACCCUUGGUGACAUUUGCUCUCUCAUGUGGAACUUGGUCCUCUCCUGCUGUCAGAGUUUACACAGCAUCACAGGUCGAGAACCAACUCGAAGCAGCGAAAAGAGAAUACUUGCAGGCUGCAGUUGGAAUUUCAACUUCAAAGUUUGCUAUCCCAAAGCUGCUAGAUUGGUACUUACUGGACUUUGCAAAAGACUUGGAAUCUUUGCUGGAUUGGAUAUGCCUCCAAUUACCUGCACAUAAUUUUGCUUCUGUUUAUUCUGUAUAUGAUUUGUUUCAUUGA